GUUUUGGAAAGCAUAUUAGGCAUUUUCGGGCUCAAAAUUAAAAAAAAAAAAAAUUUGUUUGGAUCUUAAAAUUAUUUGAUUUUUUUAAUCGCUGCAAUGGGGGAUGUGGAGUUUCAGAAUGUCCAAGAGAUAAGGGGCACUCCACAGAAUGCAAUGAGAAUGAUCCGCUUGGAACUCGACGAGGAGGAGAAUCGCCGGCAAAUGUCGUCCAGUAAAUAUGGUGGCGUCUGCUUCCACGUGGCCAUAGCCGUCAUGCUUUGUGUAAUGGUGUUGGUGCUAAUUUGUUCGGCUCCCCUUGGAGAAAACAUGUCCAAUCUUACGUCCGAGGAGCGGCACGCUCGCCUGAGGCAGAUUUACAUUGAGAAAGAGCGCCGGCAAAGACUUGGCAGCAGGAUGGGCUUGAGUCCGCUGGAGGAGGAGGCCAAUGAUCGGCUCAUGGCCAUUAGGCAGGUGGAUGAGGAGUUUUAUAAUCUCUGGAGGAACUACCACUCCCAGCCACCGCCGUUUCUCAAACAUCUGAACAUCAUCGAUACGAAUCUUUAUGCGGCACUUAAGAGCAUGCCCAAGGGCGGACUCCUUCACGUCCACGAUUCGGGAAUGUUGAGAAUGGAAAUUCUCAUCGAUUUGAUCUACCGCGAUAACCUGUGGGUCUGCGUUAACUUGGAACAGGACUUCGAGGACUUCCGAUUCUCCAGAUACUUUCCUCACAUCCCGCCCGCUGAGGACUACCAGUGCAAUUGGAUGCUGAUGAGCAACUUCUUCCAGUUGGAGUCUCGGUUAGAAUUCGAGAACAGGUUGAGGAAAACUCUCACUGUCCGGCCGGAGGGGUAUAAGAGUUCCUCCGAGUUGGCGCGACACUUAAGACGCCACCAACGCAUCAUCCAUGGACUGAUCACAUUCCGCCCGAUCUGGAGUGAAUUUAUCUUCACCAUGCUGAGCGAUUUCUAUGCCGACGGGGUGCAUUAUGUGGAGUUGCGUUCCUCGCUGCCAAAUAUGUACGAUCUGGAUGGAAAUAAUUUUACGAUUUUGGAAACGGCGGAGGCCUUAGUUUCAGUAUCGAAUAUUUUUAAAAAUAGCUUCAAAGAUUUCAUCGGAAUUAAGCUGAUCUAUGCUCCUUCUAGGAACUUAAAUGACAGUCGAAUGGAUGAGUAUUUGGAAAAUGCACGUCUGCUUAAGUUGCAUUUUCCGAAUUUCUUUGCUGGAUUUGAUCUUAACACCUUUGGGGACGAGUGCAAUUUACCACUUUUAGAAAAUGUUACUCAACUAUUAAGGAUUGGCAAGAAUAUUGACUUCUAUUUCCAUGCGGGAGAGUCCCGAUGUCCGGAUAGUUCCCGCCCAGAUGCGAAUCUUUUAGAGGCAUUAUUGUUGCAAAGUAAACGGAUCGGUAAUGCCGUGAAUCUACCCUUUCAUCCAGAGAUUAUGAAGGUCAUGAAAAGGCUUAGUAUAGCCGUGGAGAUCUGUCCGCUGUCCAACCAUUAUCUGCAAUACUUUAACGAUUUUCGUCAACAUCCGGCGGCGUAUUUGAUUGCCGCCGGAUUUCCAAUUGUAAUUGGUUCGGACUAUCCGUGUUUCUGGAACUCCGCCCCUCUGACCGACGACUUUUAUGUGGCCUUCGUGGGCGUGAUUAGUGGGUGGGGCGAUUUGCGCCUCCUAAAGCAGUUUGCCCUCAAUUCGUUUCUGUUUAGCUCCCUCAGCGAAACGGAGAAGAAUAUGGCCGUAUCCAAGUGGCAGUGCAGCUGGAACCGAUGGGUCAGAAAUUUAGUCAAUAGUAGUGGAUACUAACAAGUAAUUGUCAAAUAAAAAACAAAAAUUGU